UGCCGCAUCCAAUUCAAGUCAUUACACAUGCACUCACACACAAGUGCUUUUUGAUAGAACAUAAUAUCUGUACGCUUGGCCAGUUUUAAUGUGAACUUUUGUUGUUAAAUUAUGCAUGAAAACGACUGACUUCUGAUAACCACCUGAUCGCAAAGUUGAGCGCAUAGUUGCCUUCCAGCCAUCUUCAAGACAAACGUGACCUCUGGGUCAAUUAAACUGGAUUAUCUGGAUUUGUGCUCAGUCAGCCAUUGUCGUCCAUUAGACUGCGAUAUGCCGGUGUAAAAUGCCAGGUUUGCUGACGCGGAGCGCGUUAGCCACCCUGAUUGUUGGUUUGUUAGUGUACGCCGUUCUGCCCUAUAUCUACCCUCAUUACAAACUUCUACCUGACCUCGACCCCAGAGCACCUAGCAACACCGUUCUCGUUCCCGGGGAAUUGCACGACACCGGUCCUGAAGUCAACGAUUCAAAGUUCGGAGAAUCGUUUGCAAGGUUUUUUGAGUUAGGCGAAGGUGAAGAGACUAAUGAACCUGUAAUAGAAGAGCAGUCUAGCGAAGAGACGCCGGAACUAUCAGACGAGUCGGAAGACUCAGGGGAGAGCUUGAACAGUACAGACGUGGGGUACGCUAGUCUGGGGGCAAAGUUGAUAGUCCUGUCUAACGCCAAAGCACAGAAGGCAGGAGCGCUCUGUCUGAAUGGUUUGCCUCCAGGCUACUACUACAGACCAGGCUGGGGUUUGGGUGCGCGGUCGUGGAUAGUGUUCCUGCGGGGCGGCGAAGGAUGCACGACCGAGAAGGAGUGCUACCUCCGUUCCAAGACGUCUCUGGGAAGCGUGCACAAGUCCAGAAAGUGGCGCCGACUGGGCGGCAUCAUGUCCGGAGACAAGCAGCGCAACCCCGAGUUCCACAACUGGAACGGCGUCUCGCUGAUCUACUGUGACGGCUUCUCGUUCGCAGGCGACAGACUCUCCCCGAUGGUCUACAACGGGACGGAGAUGUACUCCCGGGGCCGCCGCGUCCUGGAUGCCAUAUUCACGGACCUGCUGCGCUCAGGCAUGGCUGGUGCUGAGCGGGUCAUCCUCUUCGGUCAUUCCGCGGGAGGACUGGGAGCUCUGCUAAACUCGGACCGCCUGAGGAGACUGCUGCCGCCCGGAGUAGACUUCAAGCUUCUCGUCAUCUCCUUCCUGCAGCCCAAGUUUCCACAAGGAUCUUACGCGAGGGGAGUCAAGAAGCUUCUACAAAAUAUGGCAACGAUACACAACAUCUCAGGCACGCUACCUAGCGAUUGUGUGAAGAAUUACCCGUCCAAAGAACACGCCUGUCUGCUGCCGUCCAUCCUGAUUCCCCUCCAGUCCGUGGAUGCGUUCUACGUCAACUCCGUGUACGACAGGUGGUCGAUGGGGAACCUACUGCGCAUAAGGUGCGAGCCCAACCGCUGUAGGAAAUCUAAAACUAGGAACAAACUCCAAGGGUGGAGUGCAGCAUUUGCCGAGCAAGUACCGAGCAUGCUCAAACCGAAUGACGGCGUUUUCGUAGCCAACUGCGUGACCCAUAUGAUCGCAUUGGACGAUAGGACGUGGUUCUCUACCAAAGUCGGAGGAAAAACCAUUGCAGAGGCGUUCGGGGACUGGUACUUCGGUCGUGGGUACAACCACACGCACUUGGACUGUUUCAGCCUAGACUGUUACCCAAACCCUACAUGUGCUUAACAGCAUUUAGACUGUUUAAGUGUAGACUGUUACCCGAACCCUACAUGUGCUUAACAUCACUUAGACUGUUUGGGUGCAUACUGUUAUCCAAACCCUACAUGUGUUUAAGCAAAGGCACUUAGACUGAGUAAGCUUAGACUGUUACCAACAUGUGUUUAACAACACAUAGACUGUUUGAGCGUAGACUGUUACCAAGCCCUAAUGUGUUUAACCAAAGACACUUAAACUGUGUAAGCCCAGGCAUAUUAAUACCAAAA